AUGUCGUAUAUACCGCCUCCAAUCAUUGAGCGAGCGACAAGAAAAUCGAAUGAGAGCGAAAGAGAUAGACUAGCGGCAUUCUUCGUGAGGAAAGCGACUAGGUUCACGAGAUUCUUCUUCUCUCUCUCUCUCCAGCAGAUCUUUUCUCUCUCUCUCACUGCAUUCUUCUCUUUGAGAUGGACUCUCUCGUUCACUCAGCUUUUAUUUCUCUCUGCAUUCUUCUCUCUCUCUCUCUCUCACUGCAUUCUUCUCUCUCUCUCUCACUGCAUUCUUCUCUCUCUCUCACUGCAUUCUUCUCUCUCUCUCUUUGUCUAUUUUUCUCUCUCUCUCUUUGUCUAUUUUUCUCUCUCUCUCUUUGUCUAUUUUUCUCUCUCUCUCUUUGUCUAUUUUUCUCUCUCUCUCUUUGUCUAUUUUUCUCUCUCUCUCUUUGUCUAUUUUUCUCUCUCUGUAAUUUUCUUUUUCUUUCUCUCUCUCUGUCUUUUUUUCACUCUCUCUCUCUGUCUAUUUUCCUCUCCCUCUUUAAUUUUUUGUUUUCUUUUUCCUUUCUCUCUCUUCUCUCUAUCUGGAAUAUUUCCUUUCUCUCUCUGUCUCUCCUUUUUCCUUUCUCUCUCUCUGUCUCUCCCAGGAAUAUUUCCUUUCUCUCUCUGUCUCUCCCAGGAAUAUUUCCUUUCUCUCUCUGUCUCUCUCUGUUUCUCUUUGUACUUUUCUUUUUCUCUUCUUAUCUGUAUAUACUUUAAAUAUAAUUUCUCCCUUAUCACUUAA